UUUGCUCACGAUGAUUAUUUUCGGUGAUUUUGACAACAAAACAAUAUAUUCUCUUUGGAAAAAAGUGUCAAACCAAAAAAAGUUUAAAAAUAAGCACUCCACCCAGAUUAUUUCUGUACAAUUUUAUGUAGAAAAAAUAUUGGAUAUAUUUACGUUUGAGUGAAAUUGAAAGUACAAGUGUUUUUGUUGAAGGUGUCAACUUUUUUGGUAAAAUAAAACAAAUGCUCUCAUGUCAGAGCCAUCACAGGACAUGGAGCUGCAGGCGACCGUGUCUGAAGAAAUGCUACAGAAUCUUUCCAACUGUCUGAAAUCGUCUGAAGUGGCAAGCAAUAUAAUCAAAGAAGAAAGCAAAGAAACCAGCAGAGUUCACACCCCGAACACAGCCUUUGAAGUGUUUAGAAACAACACAACGGCUGUUGAGGUUAUAGUCAAAGAGGUACCUUAUAGACAUAGAAAGGUGAUCAACAGACCUAAGAUGGACUGCAAGGAUUACAAAGUAAAACGUCUCGAAGAGGAAGUGGAGAGUCUCAAAAUAGAACUAAACAAAGCAAAUAUCAAGCUGAUUAACACAAGAAAGGGUUUCCACAGUUUGGUUAACGAGCUAAAGAAACAGUUAGACAUAGUGAGCCAGAGAGAACUGGAAGAACAAACAAUGAAGCUAAAUUUACAAAUGGAAAAUGAGAGAGUAAAAACUUUAUUGGAUUCAAAAUCAAGGUUACUUAUUAGGUUGAAGAAAGAAAUUACUGGACUUAAACACAUGCUGAAAUUUGUAGUGAAAGGCAUAAAGUAUACUCCUCAAUUGCCGGAAAACUUUACAUUCACCUCGGAUCCGGACUACGACGAAUUUGAGAAAGGUUUAAAAAAGGACUUUCGCAAAAUGCAUUCCAAUCUGUUCGACGUUACGGGUGGAGGAGUCACAUUUGACAGCACAUUUUCCAAGUCCUUUGAAAAAGAUUGAAUAUUACAUUGUGUAUUUGUAGAAUACUUAGUGAAA